UCUGCGGCCGGCGGGACGCGGAGUCCGCGCCCCGAGCCUCCCGAGCCCGCCCGUACCGCCGGGGGAGCCCAGCGGCUCCCUUGCACCGGAGAGGAGGACCACGGGAGAAGGAGCAGCCCGCGUGCAGAGAAAGGGCUGGCGCGCGGCCCUGCACCCCCGCCCGAGGUCCGAAGCCCGCGCGCAGCGGAGGGCGACCUGGCUCGCACGACCCGCAGCAUGGCCCGGGGCUCGGGGCUGCCGCCGCUGUGUGCCCCGACGGUCUGGGCGGCCGUCGCGCUCCUGCUCUCCCCGCUGCAGACCUCAGGUGAAGUGGAGGUUCCGGAUCCCAGUGACACUUUGGGACAUCUUGAUGGACAAGAAGGACCUAUUCCCACUCUGAAAGAUUACUUUCUGAAUUUUCUGGAACCAGUAAACAACAUCACCAUCGUCCAGGGCCAGACGGCAAUCCUGCACUGCAAGGUGGCAGGAAACCCACCCCCCAAUGUGCGAUGGCUGAAGAACGAUGCCCCAGUCGUGCAGGAGCCCAGGCGGAUCAUUAUCCGGAAGACAGAAUAUGGCUCUCGACUGAGAAUCCAAGACUUGGACACGACAGACACUGGCUACUACCAGUGUGUGGCCACCAAUGGAGUGAAGACCAUCACUGCCACUGGAGUUCUCUACGUGCGGCUCGGUCCGACGCACAGCCCGAAUCAUAACUUUCAGGAUGACUACCAGGAAGAUGGAUUCUGCCAGCCUUACCGGGGAAUUGCCUGUGCACGCUUCAUUGGAAACCGAACUAUUUAUGUGGACUCUCUCCAGAUGCAAGGGGAGAUUGAGAAUCGAAUCACAGCGGCCUUCACCAUGAUCGGCACCUCCACGCACUUGUCGGACCAGUGCUCCCAGUUCGCCAUCCCGUCCUUCUGCCACUUCGUGUUCCCGCUGUGCGACUCCCGCUCCCGGGCACCCAAGCCUCGAGAGCUGUGCCGCGACGAGUGCGAGGUACUGGAGAGCGACCUCUGCCGCCAGGAGUACAGCAUCGCGCGCUCCAACCCGCUCAUCCUCAUGCGGCUGCAGCUGCCCAAGUGCGAGGCGCUACCGAUGCCUGAGAGCCCGGACGCCGCCAACUGCAUGCGCAUCGGCAUCCCGGUGGAGAGGCUGGGCCGCUACCACCAGUGCUACAAUGGCUCCGGCUUGGAUUACAGAGGCACAGCCAGCACCACCAGGUCGGGGCACCAGUGCCAGCCGUGGGCUAUGCAGCACCCCCACGGCCACCAGCUGUCCAGCGUGGACUUCCCCGAGCUCGGAGGGGGCCACGCAUACUGUCGGAACCCCGGAGGCCAGAUGGAAGGUCCCUGGUGCUUUACGCAGAAUAAAAACGUACGCAUGGAACUGUGUGACGUACCCUCCUGUAGUCCCCGAGACAACAGCAAGAUGGGAAUUCUGUACAUCCUGGUUCCAAGCAUUGCAAUUCCCUUGGUCAUCGCUUGCCUGUUCUUCUUGGUCUGCAUGUGCCGAAAUAAGCAGAAGGCCUCUGUGUCCACCCCUCAGCGGCGGCAGCUGAUGGCCUCGCCCAGCCAGGACAUGGAGCUGCUGCUCAUCAGCCAGCACAAACAGGCCAAACUCAAGGAGAUCAGCUUGUCCACAGUGAGAUUCAUGGAGGAGCUGGGGGAAGACCGCUUUGGGAAAGUCUAUAAAGGCCAUCUGUUUGGGCCCGCCCAGGGUGAGCAGACCCAGGCAGUGGCCAUCAAGACGCUGAAGGACAAAGCAGAAGGGCCCCUCCGGGAGGAGUUCCGACAUGAGGCCAUGCUGCGGGCCCGGCUGCAGCACCCCAACAUUGUCUGUCUGCUGGGUGUCGUGACCAAGGACCAGCCCCUCAGCAUGAUCUUCAGCUACUGCUCACACAGUGACCUCCAUGAGUUCCUGGUCAUGCGCUCGCCGCACUCAGAUGUGGGCAGCACUGAUGAUGACCGCACUGUGAAGUCUGCCUUGGAGCCCCCAGACUUCGUGCAUGUCGCAGCACAGAUUGCUGCAGGGAUGGAAUACUUGUCCAGCCACCACGUGGUCCACAAGGACCUGGCCACCCGCAACGUGCUGGUAUAUGACAAGCUGACUGUGAAGAUCUCAGACCUGGGCCUCUUCCGCGAGGUGUAUUCUGCUGACUAUUACAAGCUGAUGGGGAACUCACUGCUGCCCAUCCGCUGGAUGUCCCCCGAAGCAAUCACUUAUGGCAAGUUCUCCAUCGACUCAGACAUCUGGUCCUAUGGCGUGGUGCUGUGGGAGGUCUUCAGCUACGGCUUGCAGCCCUACUGUGGCUACUCCAACCAGGAUGUGGUGGAGAUGAUCCGUGGCCGCCAGGUACUGCCCUGCCCUGACGACUGCCCUGCCUGGAUCUACGCCCUCAUGAUCGAGUGCUGGAAUGAGUUCCCCAGCCGGAGGCCCCGCUUCAAGGACAUCCAUAGCCGGCUCCGGGCAUGGGGCAACCUGUCUAACUACAAUAGCUCCGCGCAGACCUCAGGGGCCAGCAAUACCACGCAGACCAGCUCACUGAGCACCAGCCCUGUGAGCAACGUGAGCAAUGCCCGCUAUGUAGGGCCCAAGCAGAAGACGCAAGCCUUCCCACAGCCCCAGUUCCUCCCCAUGAAGGGCCAGAUCAGACCCAUGGUGCCCCCACCUCAGCUCUACAUUCCUGUCAAUGGCUACCAGCCAGUGCCGGCCUACGGGGCCUACCUGCCCAACUUCUACCCAGUCCAGAUCCCCAUGCAGAUGGCUCCCCAGCAGGUGCCACCUCAGAUAGUCCCCAAGCCCAGCUCGCACCACAGUGGCAGCGGCUCCACCAGCACAGGCUACGUAACCACAGCUCCCUCCAACACAUCUGUGGCGGACAGAGCAGCCCUGCUGUCUGAGGGCACCGAGGACGCACAAAACAUCCCAGAAGACGUGGCCCAGAGCCCUGUACAGGAAGCGGAAGAGGAAGAGGAAGGCUCUGUCCCAGAGACUGAGCUUCUGGGAGACAAUGACACUCUACAAGUGGAUGAGACCCAAGUCCAGCUGGAAGCCUGAGGGACACACAGCACCUAGAACACCUGAGACAAGUCCCCGCUGGGAUCUACAAGGACUUCAGCCACCUUUCAGCAGUCACAAGAGCCCAGAGACCUAAGACUGUGAAGCCCUGCUCCUGUCUAUCUGCUGUCUGUGCCCUCUCAGGCUUGAGGUCAUUUUGACCAGUGGCAUCUGAGCUGGGCAGGAGCCCAGCAGCACCAGCUCCUCAGAAGCAGGACACUGUGACCUUGAUGCUGCCUGCGUUUAUCCUGGGUGUAGAUUGGUAAUGAGUUGCUUUGCAAAAAAGAAAAAAAAAAUAUGUGGCAUCUCCACUCCAUAUUGUAUGUGGAUCAAGUACUUAGAAAUGUGGGAGAGGCACCUUGGGUUUUAAGAUCUCAGGUGUGUGUGUGGGGGGUAGCUCUUUUCUCUACACUGCCUCUGUUUCUGCAAUCUCAUUCUCCCUUUAGCAACCAAAGACAGAAGAGUAGGACAUUGUACCCACCAGUCCCCAGGACCGGGGCUUCUGAAAAGGGGUUCCCUGUGUUAAAGCAAAAUGUGCCUUUCCAGAAACCAAUACAGCCUUGUACUCUUGGGAAAUGGUUUUAAUUAUAUGACAUGUGUACUUUGUCCACUUUUGUGGAAUUUGAGGGAAAAUGUUGCAUUCGGAGUGUUCAGAAGGAAGCAAUAUUGUACAGAACACAGUAUUGUUAUUUUUUUAACCAUGUACAGACUUUAAAUGUAAUUUAUAUGUUUUGUAUGCCAUUUUCAUAGAAGUAUUUUGAUCUAAAUAAUGACUUAGUAAUUUAACUGUUUACACGAUCCACUUGGGACACCAUGGGGUUGUAGUUUCAGUUUGAUUCUGUGCCGCAUAUAAUUGAGGUCCAUGCAUUUCAGAUCCCACCACCUGACCCACAGGCAAGCUGUCUGUACCCUGCACACUCAGCCAGCCUCGUUUAUAAACUCCACACCUGGCAUAUCGAAUAAAGAGAAGCAGAGCA